UCCUUGGUCUAUCGCAGACGGUGCGUUUCUGUCAUUACCAAGAAACUAACUACCGUCAACAUCAUCAGCGUCUUCUUCACGCCCUAGAAUGAUUCCUCGUUUACCUAUGAUCCACCGAGGCUGGUUGUAUACUUUCUUUUGAGCAUAGUUUGCUGGAUUUAACACCGCAAAUCUUUGAUAUGGGCAAUUCAAUUACAAUUUAAUUUAUUUAGAGAAAGCCUUGCUGAAACAGAAUUAACGUUGCUCAACAGAGUGGGUGAAUAGUGAUAGUAAAAGCAGACGACGAGGUGCCUGCUUAGCACGCGCCGCACGCCCAGAAGAAGCCCAGUAAGCGUUCUACGAGGCCCAGUUCCCGCAUCCUGCUCUUCGAAGGCAGCACUCAUGGACGAAAGGUCGACCGAAGACAACCAGUCUAGCAUAGCGACCACUGAGCCGGACCCCUCGGCUAGCCCGUCUAGACAGGGCGGCCGGAAAGCCUCCGUCCGUGGGCGCAGCGUCGCCGAUGAGGCCAUUGCUACCAGGUCCAGGAAGGCCGACGCCAUUGACUCGAGCAUCUCACUCGCGUCCUCGGUAGAGCCCAGCUCCCGCGUCUCGCGCGCAGGUGCUAAGGCUCGGCCCAAGAAGCAGCCUACCAAGAAAGCAGUCGCGCCUGGGCCCACGUACCAUUCUUGUUUGAGGACCCCUAGCUUGACAGCUGGUCUGUCCGAUUCACGCGUCGCGCCUCCGUCUUCUGCCACCACGGUGGUCCAGGAGGCCACCGAGUAUCGCACGGCACGCGCAGGCAUUUCAGACGCGGCACCCCAGGAAGGAGUCGCGGCCCACUCUGCGAGCCCUCCCAACCUCGGCGGAGUCCUUGCUGCCGUUGGCUCCGCGGCCGCGGUCAGCGUCGACCCGGCCACAGCUCAGGCGACGAGCUCUCGACGCAGCUCAAAACUCGAGGGAUUCGCAACUACUGGUAGCGUCAUGAGGGGCCUAAGCAGCCCUGACGGCGCCUGUGAUCCGGUCGUAUGCAGUGUGGACAGCGGCGAAUCGGUGACGUCACCUGGAGGAAGCUCAAACUCGUCGCCGCUGUCUCCGACGAGCAGCGCAGGCGCACCUCGCAAGCUCUCGCUGUGCCCUUCGCCGGCACCUGUCGGUUCUUCCAUGGCCGACGUUUCGGCGCUGUUGCGGCUCCACAGGAAACCGACCGCCACGUCCACUCCGGGCUCACAGAGUGGUCAGUCCAGUGUGCGCCUCGAGGUGAUCCUCACGCCGAGCCCGCCGAGCCCGGAACGAAAACAGCGCGAGCAACGGCUCCCGUGCAAAUCCAGCGAGGGCGCGACGGCCAUGGAGAAACUGCGCCAACUGUCGAGUCAUCGACCCGACCGGGCCGUGAAUAAAUCCAGAAGAUUAUCGUCCAUACUUCCGGGUGUUUCGCUCCUGGCUGUCGCUAUUGUGGCCUUGAUCGCUUACUUGGUGAUGACUCGGCAUCGGAUGGACAGGAAGACGACCGACCAACACUUCUGCAUCACUGGCGGUUGCGUCGAUCACGCGGACAUCAUCGGUCUGAGCGACGACAGCAAAGGUGCGCACAAGAGCAGCCCUUGCGAGGACUUUGGCCACUUCGUCUGCUCCGUCUGGGAGACGCGUCACACAAAGAACGACGUUAACAAGCGCAUCGCGCGAAGCGUCGUGAUGGACGCCGUCAUGGACCAGAUCGUCAGCCUGGCAAAGUUCAGCAGCCAGCGACAUGCGUUAGCCAUCUCGCAAAGGCCCGCAGACAUGAUGGACGCCUGUCUCACAGACCGUCCCUCGGAUGAUGAGAAGGCCCUGAUGCAGCUCCUGGACUUCAUGCACAACACCAGCUUCGGCUUUCCCGACGAGAGCAUCGACGUAAGCAACUAUUCUCGCCCGCUGCGUGCGCUGACUGAGCUCGCUUACAAUUGGGCCCUUCCCCUUUGGUUCUAUGUCGACCUCGUCAUUCCUCGCAACAGCACAGCGGCGCACAUGACCAUCUCGCUGAGUCAUUCGUCCCUCGGAGAUCUUUAUAACAGCCUGCACGAAGCUCUCGUGACGUAUCAAGAGGUGUAUUUGUGGUACGUGGAUACGCUUGCUGCUGCUGUCUACAGAGGCACCAUAAGAGAAUCGUUCCAGCAAUUCACUCGCGGAAGCAAGCUUCUGCAGACGUACGUCUUCGCAAACCUCAGUCGCUUGUCCAGGGCAAAAUACCACUACCCAAUACUGCUGACUGUGAAAAGUUUGCCGUCUUUCGUUGUAAACACGUCUGUUGAACAUUGGCUCGAAGCCCUGAGCCCCUUAAAUCCGCCCAUCAGCGAGCAAGCUGGGGUAUACAUAACGGACAGGGAGAUGCUCGUUGUCAUGAAUGCCCUCUUUCAAGCUUAUUCGGCACGAGAUAUUUAUCUACACAUCAACUGGUGGUUUGUGCAGAUUCUCGGAGCCUUAGCGAGCAAUGACAUAUUCGAGGGAUUCAAAAGAGAUCCUGAACGUGGCGUUCGUCUUCAGCACAUAAUUUGUUCUGUUCAGGUGGCUUUUAAUUACAACGUUAUAUUGGCCAGCGAACAGCGCGCCCUCCAGGAGCCCUCGACACGCGCAAAUAUAGGAGCUGCUUUGAACAAUGUACACAGCGUCGCCGUUUCCAAAGUCAGUUCCGCCAUGGGUGCGCGCUUGGCUUUGCUUCUGGAGGAAAUGAGGCCCUCCCUCUGGCCUUCAGAACGGCACGCCAGUGAAGAGCGUCUCCUGCGGCUUUACGGAAACGCCACCACGGACAGUACGGAACAAAACUUCGUCCAGCUCUGGCUGUCCAGAGCGGCCAGCUAUCAGCAGUCGUGGGCUUCCCUGGACGAGCUCUCAUCCGACGCAUCCCUCUUUAGAGUGGACAGCUCUGGGGUGGCCUCUCACCACGUCGUACUGAAGACGGUCGCACUGUCACUUGCCGCGCUCAGGGCACCGUUCUACUACCCGGACGCCACUAGUGCCAUCGUGUACGGUGGCGUCGGUUUCAUCUACGCCACUGAGCUCGUCAACGUCCUUAACAGCCUGUCUCUGCUGCUGGACGGCCGCGAUAGCAUCGCGCCGUCCGAGGCGGGUUUCUCCCAAUCCUAUUUGUCGGCACCGUAUUCCUGCAGUGGGAUGGCCAUUCAGGACAUCUUUCCGCAUUACGUGGCUUUGGAGCUCGCGUAUGCCACGUACCGCCAGUUCCGCAGCGACGCCGAAGACAUGCCCCUCUGGAACGCCAAGGAAUACAGCCCGGAGCAGGUUUUUUUCGCCACGGUGUGCUACCUUAUGUGCGACGUGGACAACGGAGCGGACGCCUGCAGCGCGCAGAUGAGGCACUUUCCAGAGUUCGCGACUGCGUUCUCCUGUCCGCCGUGUCUCGUAGGGGAGUCGUGCGAUAUUUUGCACUAGUGUACUUCACUUUCACCGUCUACGGCGCGCGAUUCUGCUACGUGGCGGUAACACCUUUAGUUCCCGACAGUAAACAAUGGAGACCUUACAUGAAAAUGACUGAAACUGAAUUGCCCUGAAAUUCAAGCAAUAUCUCGCACGCCUCCUCUGGGAUUUUCUGACUGCGUUUUAUAACCACAGCGUCCUGACAUCGUUUCAGAGUUGAUUCGCUAGACAGGUCCAAAUCGCUGCAUUUAUUCAGUUCAACAAGCGUGGCCUCUCUAAGCAACGUUGCGUGCGAGGGCAUGAGCCACGAGAAACGUGGAAUCGAUCAGCGAUGGUAUCUGUGUUGUGAGCGUGUGUAUAGUCACAGUAGGCUAAUUGCGUGGAUUUAGCUGGUGUGUAAAAAAAAAAUAUUGUUCACCUUUUUCAAAAACAUUUGUGUGCGUGUUCAGCGAUUAGCUAACGAAACUUCCUCGCCACCUCUCCAAGCACACCAAGAGGACAUGAGGUCAUUUGCGUAUGAUUAGUGACCUGAAGUGCUUGCGCCGUUUUCCUAUAUGUGCCGAAUACAUAUGGCGAUGUCGCGCGUCAAUGCAAACAUUGGUGUGUCGCCACGUCACUCAUUGUGCAUAUGUUUGGCUUCAUAAAGUCGCCGUAAUGAAAUAAAAUUUAAAAAUCGAAGCUGAUCGCG